GUAGAUAAGACACUCUUUGACGUCGCUUAUUUCAAAGGUUGGCUGAAGACACCAACAGGAGUAGAGAGAGAGAGAGUGUCUGUAGAAGAUUAAGGAAACACUGAGAGCCUUGAGAACAGGAUGGCUGCGAAAUUCUACGAGCUCACAGCCAAACGACUCAAUGGAGAAACAUUCAAUUUCUCGAGCCUAAAGGGCAAAGUCGUCCUCAUUGAGAAUGUAGCGUCUCUCUGAGGUACGACCACCAGGGAUUACACCCAGAUGAACGAGCUCCACGAGCGUUAUGCCAGCAAGGGGCUUGUGAUCCUGGGAGUGCCCUGCAACCAGUUCGGCCAUCAGGUAAGAGAAGAAACGCUAGAGCAGUGGUUCUCAACUGCUGGGUCCCGACCCACAAGUUGGUCGCGGAUACGUUCUGGAUGGGUCACGAACAGCUAGUCAAAAAAGUAAAUACUUGAUGCGAUAUUUUCUGUACACGCAAUUUCAGUAGUUGUCGUCCCCUUCAUGUUCUCUGAAAUGCACUUUACUCAGUAAAACACGUGGAUUUAUGUAAAGAUUAGAGUCUUUAAAGUUUGGAUUUUUUUUUUAAAUAAAUUUGCUAUGUUUGAAUUCAAUAAAAGUGGGUCGCGACUUAAGGACCAUGAGAAAUGUGGGUCCCAGAGUGAGACCAGUUGAGGACCACUGCUCUAGAGCCUUUCUACGACCUUUCUGACUAGCUUUUGGGCAGAUAAGUGUUAAAAGAAUGAGGAAUCGAUUUUUCAACUAGUAUUUUAGCCACCUGCGUAUAGACGACGAGAGGUUACUUUAUUAGCUGUUGAAUGAAAUAUUAAAAUAGAGAUAUUUAAACUCUUAAAUGUGCACGUUUUCAAUUUUUAUCAACCAUUUGAUAACACCCUAGAAUUAGGUUAGUAUUUAGUGAAUGUGUGAUCUAUACUUCAUAGAUUUCCUUACAGAUUACCACAUUUUACUUACUGUUGAACAUUAAGGAAGUAAAAGUUAAACUCACAAACCCAGUUUCACCAGCAUAUUUAGGAAAGAGGAAACUGUGGUAAGGUUAGUGAGUUGCCAAAUACCUAAGGCAUACUGGUGUAUUCUUUAAGACCAGUAUAAGUCAUUUAUUAACUUUGAGAUACAGGGAACAAAGUAUUGCAUUGAUAGGUGUUGGUGGUAAUAAAGCUCUGUCAUAUAUGGGAUGGUUUCAUUGUUCAAGAAAAGUAAUGCUGUUAACUCUGACCUAAAAUAUAACUGUCUGGUUAGUGUCAAGUAUUUACUAGCCAUUAUUAAACUGCUUGUAAUGAGUACUGAACAGUCAAGUUGUCAAACCUUGACAAAUUUUCAAUGACAGUAUCCACUCAUCCUUCUUUCACUCAUUAUAGAUUAUACUCCUGUAAUUAAUGUCUUGAUACCACUGCAGGUUUCAACCAGUCUGUUAUUAUCAUGACAGUAACCAGUUUGACCAGAAAUACGCAGCACACAAAUUUCAGUUAACCCAGCUGUCCUCAUUACAGUGCUCAUGUGUGGAUUAAUAAACAUGUUGUGUGCCAAAAGCUUAACUAUAAUCUUAUGGUUGAUCCAUGCAGGAGAACUGCAAGAAUGAUGAAAUCCUGCUGUCUCUGAAGUACGUCCGUCCUGGAAAUGGCUUUGAGCCAAAGAUUCAGCUUCUGGAAAAGGUGGAUGUGAAUGGGAAAGAUGCCCAUCCUCUAUUCAUGUUCCUGCGAGAAUCACUCCCAUACCCCAGUGAUGAUCCGUCCGCCUUCAUGAGUGAUCCCAAGUUUAUCAUCUGGAGCCCAGUCAGUAGGAACGACGUGGCCUGGAACUUUGAGAAGUUCCUCAUCGGGCCUGACGGAGUGCCCUUCAAGCGUUACAGCAGGAGGUUCCUUACCAUCGAUAUCGAGGGAGACAUCAAAUCACUCCUGGCCCAGGCUAACUAACCCACCGUCCUCCAAAAUGAACCAUCUGGACCAGUCUUCCAGAACUGUCCAGGAGUGUGUUGAAUAUAAUUUGUUGAGGCUCUGUAGACGGUGUGUGUGACACUUUUACAGCCCACCUGUGCUCAUUUGUACCUAAUGGCUGUCUUCAGUCCCGUUACUAUAUGAAGGCAUCCUCUGAAACCAAGCUAUUUGUGAGGGGGAUAUCUGAUGAAAUGUAAAAGGCUGAAUGUCUCCAGCUGCAUUGGGUGCAUGUCAAGCACAGUUGUGUUUCUAUAUGUAAAGAGGACAAAUAAAUAUACUUUUUGAACUAAU